AUGGACGAGCUGAGCGACGCUUUGCAGGGAUCCGCCGUCGUCACGACUUGCUCCCACAUCUUCUGCGUCGACUGUGCAAACGCGCUGUUCUCGGUCCCACAGAUCUGCCCCGCUUGCGAGACGGCGCUGCCAGACGCAGACGACGUUGUCCAGACGGCCCUCAACCCGCACGACUCGUACAAGACGUCAAUCCUGUCCGGCUUGUCUCCCUCGGUCAUCCUCGACAUCGCCAGCCGCGCCCUCAACUUCUACACCUACCAGGUUCAACAAGAAACGGCGUUCCAGGCGCUGAUCACCAAGAACGCUCAGGAGCGCAUCGCCGUCCUCGAGGCGCAGUGCAACACCAUCAUGCGCGAAGCGCACGCUGAGAUCAACUUGCUCAAGGAAAGACUGGCAGGUACGGAGAAGGACCUCGAGCUCGAGCGACGUCGCGUGCACGAGUUGCAGGAGACGCACAAGGCGAACGCGAAGGCGUAUCAGAAGCUCAAGUCUCAGUACGACAAGACGAAGCAGCGCUCGCUGCUCAACCCGCAGAGUGCACCUCUCGCCGGCGACCAGUCCUUCGCCAACGCCCUCGCCUCUCCCGCCCUCUCCUCCCGCCAAGUUCCCGGCACGCCUCGCCAGACAUUCGUCCCUGCACAUGCUUCAAACAACGCAGGUUUCGGCAUCCAGCGCUCGUCGUCGCGCGCGAGUGUGUCGUCGAGAGUCGGCGGGACUCGGCCCGCUGGCGGUCAGGCGGCCUGGUCUGGCUCGAGUGGCCAGCAAGGAAGGAUGAGCACGAGCUUCGGAGGCGGAGGAGGUCAGCAGCACGAAGCGUCGAGGCGUCCGCUUGGCGAGCAGAGGACGAACGUUCAGUCGAGGGGGAGUGGCGGAAGCGGCGGCAGCGGCUUCGCCAAGGCUCCUCACCACGCUCAUGAGGGCGAAGGAGGGAUGCAGUUCCUCGGGCAGCAGCAGCAGCAGUCUGGCGGGAUGGGCGGAGCGAGGUCGGGUGGCGGCUUCACGGGAUUCAACCGCAACACCGCUUUCCGCCCAGCGCAGGCCGCGUCGAGGGCCAACAGCGGCUGA